AUGAAGGCCGAAAUUGCACGGCUGAACAAGAAGCUGGACGAGCACAUGGAGGUGAAACCCGCUCCGAGCCCGCAGCCGUCUCUUCUGCAAGCGAAGGCCGAGGAGGAGGAGAGAGUCCAGAAAGCACAGGAGGUUUUGAAGAAGGUCUUCCGAAAGCAGCUGCGCCAACUAAAAAAGCGCCAAUUGGUCACUCCCCUGUCCGAAGACAAAGACAAAGAGCGUCGGACCGAAGGCGGGUCAACAAACGAACAGCUGCUGCAGCGCCAGGCGCAAGGUCAAGGCCAAGCAGUGGAUGGCUCUCUGAGGCUGGAGGAGGCUUACGAGCAAGCCGAGGACACCGAGGAUAAAGUUGGUUUCAACCAAGACAGUACCAUUGACACUCUGGACAAGGCAACGGCCAUUCUCUCUGGCAGCUUGGAUGCGGGGUUUGUAGGUUGCAACGAGCCGACACCAAGCGUGGAGAUGGGGGAAACUCACUUCAAAUUGAAGCUGGGCAAGUGGCAGUGCAAAGUAGGCAUUAGCCUCCAUAUUUACAGUGGAACCUUUACAAUCUUCGAUUGGGAUUUCCCAGAAAUCAAAGUUCCCUGGCCCGCCGAAAUCGCAGCACUCAUGCAGUGGAAUGUUAGUGGUUUCGGGACAGACUGCGAGAUGCCACGCCCAAGCAUCUAUCUAAACAAGGAAGGAUUGCACUACCACUUCACACGCACGUACUGUAAAGUCACCGUGCUGGGGAAGACGCUAACUCUUUUCGAUUGCACGACGCCAAACUUUGGCAUCCCCUGGCCCGAGCCGUUCAGCGCGAUCAAGGAUGCUGGGGUCAAUGCCAUCAAGGCCGCCUUCGACCUGGGCGAGGAGCUGGUGAGUUGCGCCGGGACCGACCCUGACUCUGUGAAGUGCGUGGGCAACAAGAUCAUGGAGGAAGUGCUUGGGUGCCACGACACAAGCACGAUACAAGCAAUCGUCCUAUGUCUUGGGAACAAGAUGAUCGAGUACGUGCCGCCGUUCAAGUACCUGACCCUUUUGAGCAAGAUCGUGGGCGAAUUCGUGGAGGGCUUCGCGAGGAUGGCCGGCACCGUGGUAAAGCAAGUCCUGAAAAGCAGCCAUUCCCUGAUCCAAGAGGCCGCGAAGAGCUCCAAGUUCCCAAAAGUCGGGUCUGCUCCUGCGGUGCACCAUUCCGAGCAGAACCUGAUGAUCGAGAUCCACACGGAACAUCUUCGGGGCCCAUCAGAGUCCCGGCUGGCCGGCGGCAAUGUGUCGAUGCUGCAGACUGGGGGCGACCCCAAGGCCGGCGUGGCUUUCGCCUUCGAGGCCGAAGACUCGCAUCAGCAGACAAAGCUUAUCAGCCAGUUCGACGGCUACGAAACGGACACAGGCAGCUGCCUGGCCUUCGCCCCAAAGCAGAAGAACGGGCAGAACGGCCAGGCGAUCAAGGCGGACUGGCAGGUCCAGCAUCAAAGCGAUUUCGUGCAGCUGGAACCCUGGGCGGUGCCCUGUGAUCCCACCUGGAUGAAGGACAACUGGGACAAGUGGCAGGGCUAUUCCUUCUACACGGGUUCCCUGGCUGUGGAGAAGUGCGUCACGGUGAGCUACUCCAUCAGCGUGCAACCAACCAUCUCCUUCAUCGCUGGCAUCACUCUGGAGGUCAUGCCUUCGCCGAUCGUGACGGUGCAAACCACGGCCUGCUGGCCAAGGGGCCGGCCGGGCGGCCAGGAUCUCAGCCUCCUGCGGACGAAGAUUCUCUCCAGUGGCGUGCUCCUCUUCUCCCGGACCCUUCGACUUGCGAAACGUUUCGGCAGCAAUGCUGCCGACUGGCAUCCUCCGCACGCGAAGGCCACCUCUGCCAAAUGGGACAUGCUGACGAAUCCGCGUGUGACCAUGUCCAGGGAGGCCUUGCUGCAGAGCAACCAGAGCAAGGACUCCCAGGAGGACGUAGGAAAGGAGGACACGGAGGCAGAUGACGGCGGGGUCUGGGAGUGGAUGAUGGACUCGGAGGAGCUCUACCUGGCAACUGCCGACUACAACAUGGAUCUGGGUGUGAACGUCACCUCGGAGCUCAAGGGGCACGCUGCGGCCAAACGCCUCGGUCUCAUGGCCGCACAGGCACGGGUGUCCAAGGCGGAGGGCUCCGAGGCCGAGGAGGAGGAGGCCGAAGGGGACGUUUUCCAGCUCUUCAGAUUCAAGCAUGGGGCUGACAUCAGCUUCAAUCUCCGGGGCGUCGUGGCCGGCAACGACUUCCAGCUGCGCACGCAGGUUGGCUUCGGGCCAUUCAAAUCUGAAGAGAGGGACAUCCAGUUGGUGAACAUAGUGGACCAGUUCAGGGUGGUAUUGCAUGCUCUCCCCUGGGUGUCGACAAGCAGCGCCGACAGGGCCAUCGACGCACUGAACCACUUCACCCAGCAUAACCUACCGCCCCCGGUUAUGGUCCCGGGCACCACCGUGGCGCUCCACAACCGCAUCUUCAACCAGUAUAUCAACGUGCACGGAAACGGCAUGGUGCGCACCAGUGGCUUGGUUUACUUCGGCCAGCUCCCUUCCUUCGGUCUCCAGGAGCGGUUCACAGUCAUCGACGCGGGAGAUGGUCUGGUCGCACUGCACAACCAGAAGCACAACUGCUGGCUGUCAGUGAACCCCGUAGUUGGCGUCCACGUCUACCACGGCUCUGCCCGCAGCUUCGACAAGACGUGGCCAGACCAGAAAUUCGAAGUGGUGAGCGUCGGCAACGGCGAGGUCGCUCUCUACAAUCCUCAUUGGAAAGGCUUCUUGGGCAUGGAACCGGGCCAUUUAAUGUCAUGGGCACCAUUUACCGGAAAUCCGGAGACCAUUCCGCAGGGAUGGACAUGGCAGCGGUUCAAGAUCGAUGUGCUCGAGCCUUACCUGAAGCCAGGCUCGACCGUCGGCCUGUACAACCCAGCUCACGACCGCUGGAUGCGGAUGAACGACCAAUUCGACAUGGACAGAAGCGACCCCACAGGAGGGAAGCACUGGCAACCCGGGUGGUUCUGGGAGGAGUUCCAGGUGGUGGAUGCCGGGAACGGGGAGGUCGCGUUGCACAAUGCCCACUGGAACCGCUUCGUGAAGCUUUGGCAUGGUGACGGUAUCAACUCCGAUGUCUCGGCCAGUGAUCCCAAGAACGCCAGCGAUUUGCCGGCGAAUUGGCUGUGGGAGAGGUUCCAGGUGGUGCCUACCGAGGACGGCGUGAUCGCUUUGCACAAUGCGGAGCACAACCGGUUCUUGACCAUGAACACUCAGGGCAUCGUCGGCAGCCCACCCAAAAACCCCCAAGACCUCCCGGGCCCAACCGAGUGGGCGUGGGAGAGAUGGCAGGUGGUCCAGAUCGCCGAGCCCUACAUUCUCGGCUUUCCGGGCUGGAACUUUGAGGGCUCCAGGUGA